AUGCUCACUCCCUCGCCAUUCUCUUUCUCCAGCCGCUCUCGCAGCGCACGCACUUGUCUUCGGCUCCCAAAAAAAUCAAUCUCCACCAAGCUGGCCGCGAAUUCGGGCCCAAAAGCCCAGAAUGUACAAACCGGCAAUGGGGAUCUAUGUUUCUUGACCGAUACACCCGUGGACGAAGUUCUCAAGACGUUUCAGGAGCAAAAGGUGGAUGUACGUCAGUUUCUCGUCCUACGCUACGAUGUCGAAAGCUACCUUGGUGAGCGGGCGAGAGACUAG